AUGAUUGUGAUGUUUGGCGCCUCUGGUUUUGGUCUUGCUGCAUUGAGAACAUCUCAGAACGGAGGCAAAACUCCUCGACACUCCUUGGAUCAAUGGGACAAGCUGCGCGACGUGCGAUUGACAGGGUCCAAGACGCAGCAGGUCGCCAACGCUACGGCUCCUGCUGGCUUCGAGCUGAACAACCCCUGGAAGCUGGAGAGGCGCAUGGCUUAG